GAGAGCUUCUGAUCUGAUCAAAGACCAGUUCCUGUGGGAGCAGAACUUUCUACUCACUCACCAGCGGCUUACAGAAGUCAGUCAGGAUGACCCUUCACAUCCAGUAUGCCUUGCUAAUCUGUGCUGCACUCUUUCAGCUCUCUGAAGGAGGCCGAGGAGACGACGGGGCCACGGACUGCUGCCUGGACGUCAGCAACAGAGUCAUCCCCAGGCGCAUCGUGGCAGGUUACAAGCUGCAGGGAAAUGCCUCGGGCUGCCGGAUCCCCGCGGUGAUAUUCAUCACCAUCAAAGACAGGAAGCUGUGCGCUCCACACAACGUGCAGUGGGUGAAGAGGCUGAUGAGAUGGUGUGACAAAGUCAAAAGUUCAAGUGGAAAGUAAAAGCCCGCGCGGCGGGCAGGAAGAAGUGAGAGGCCGUGGAAGUAUCGUGGCUCCAGUCGUGAAGCUACAUAGUCUACAGCAUCUUUCAUCUUCACCUGCCAUUACAUUGUGAGAAGCUCUCCUAGACAGUCCCACACCAAUGUGAAUACACUUCCGUCCACUUCCUCAGGCUGCUUGGGAAACAUAAUCCCAGUUCCUUUGCCAGGAGGAUGUGCACCACUUCAUUAAUGCUUGCUGGCUCACAGCUUCCAACUCGGAAUGGGGCAAUGCUUGUUUAUGGCUGGCACUGGCUUGUAGUGCAUAUUCUUCACUAUAUCAAGCAAGGGGAUCUACCCUGGUCCACUGAGGAGUGUGGAAGGGCAUAACACCAUAAGAUAUAGGAGCAGAAUUAGCCAUUCAGCCCAUCGAGUCUGCUCCACCAUUCAAUCAGGGCUGAUUUUAUUUCCAACCCCAUUCUCCUGCCUUCUCUUCAUAACCCUUAACCCCCUUACCAAACAAGAACCCAUCAACCUCUGCCUUAAAUACACCCAAUGGCUUGGCCUCCACAGCCGUCUGUGGCAACAAAUUCCACAGAUUCACCAACCUCUGGCUGAAGAAAUUCCUCCUCAUCUCAGUUCUAAAGGGACGUCCCCUUAUUCUGAGGCUGUGCCCUCGGAUCCUGGACUCACCCACUGAUGAAAACAUCCUCCCUACAUCCACUCUAUCUAGGCCUUUCAGUAUGCGGUAGGUUUCAAUGAGAUGCCCCCUCAUCCUUCUGUAGAUGAACAUAAAGAGAUCAGGGGCUGACAAACAGGGUUCGGGAUGAGGAUGCAAAUGUGGAUGCAGUGAAUCUCUGCUCCUCUGUCCAGCGGCUGUGUAUCUCUGCUGAGUUGGGAGCGUGCUGAAUUUUGGCUGUACGAUUUCGCUCAUAGUUACACAGCACAGAAGCAGGCCCUUCGGCCCAACUGGUCCAUGCCGACCAAGAUGUCCCAUUCAAGCUAGUCCCAUUUGCCAAUGUUUGGCCCACAAACUUCUAAACCUUUCCAAUCCAUGUACCUGGCCAAUUGUCUUCUCUAAAAUUUAUUGUACCUGCCUCAACCACUUCCUCUGGCAGCUCGUUCCACAUACACACCACCCUUUGUGUAAAAAAAGUUACCCUCAAGUUCCUAUUAAAUCUCUCCCCUCUCACCUGAAACCUGAGCCGUCUAGUUCUUGAUUCCCAACCCUGGGAAAAAGACUGGGUGCAUUCACCCUGUCUAUGCUCCUUCUGAUUUUAUACACCUCUAUAAGGUCACCCUUCAAUCUCCUACGCUCUAAGGAAUAAAGUCCCAGCCUGUCCAACUUCUCCCUAUAACACAGUCCCUCAAGUCCUAGCAACAUCCUUGUAAAUCUUGUAAAUCAUCCUUGUAUAACAUCUUUCCUACAGCAGGGCGACCAAAACUGAACACAAUACUCCAAGUGCCGCCAUGCAUUUCUGAAGUGAUGCAUAUUCUCCGACUGAAUCAUCUGUAAAUAGUUCCAUUGUGCUGAUUGAAUAAAAUUCUGGAUUUCUUCCUAUUGAAUGGUUGUAACUGAGUGGAUAUUAUAGUCCAAGAAUCCGUGGUCAGCAGUGAUCCUUUGCCCUGGUUUGUGCGGAGAUCUGUCAGAACCCCAUGCCUGACUCUACACUGUGGAGGUAAAACGGAAGGAUGUAAUACUUGGGGUUGAAUUAUGAGUCAAACAUUUCUGAAGGAUGGCUUGGGUCAUCAUCAAACACUGUACAAUGAGGGCAGGGUCAUGGGUCAGAGGUUCUGAGACCAGGGAUGUCAACUCGGAGAUGGAAUUUUCUAGAAAUAUACUUAUGGAAAACCCCUGUGUUUGCUGAAGUUUAAACCUAACUAUAUUAACUGUUUUGAUUUUGUAUUUUUCUACAUUUGAAAUAAAUACUUUGCUCUUAAUUUCAUAGAUCAGAAGUUAUGUAUCUUCUUGUAGCUUGCUGAUAUGAAUAAACAGAUUAAAGACAUUUCCUAGUUUUG